AACCACCCACGCAUUAAUUCAUAGCUAAGGUCAAUGUGUCAACACUCCAGGACUCACACAGUCUUCUUGUGAGAAUGGCAACUUUCUUUCAGAAGAAAGGAGUGAAGUUUCCUCGCACAGCGUUCCUGCUGUCAGUGGCUCUUGCUAUUGUGCUCUGCUGGUUUGGUGGGCUCUCAGUAUGGAGCUCACUCCUGGUGGCAGUUGGCCAGUUCCUGUUCAUGGGUGGACUCCAGUACUGCAUACUGGCAUACCACACACUGCCCAGGGAUCUUAGGCUUCUGAGCUAUGGCAUCAAGAUGACUGCUGACAGAAAACGAAUCGCCGCUGAAAAUAAAAUGACAUACAACAUUUUGACCGAGACUGCUGGAAAGUACCCAAACAAACCAGCCAUAAUUGAGAUCGGGCUGGACGGUAAACCAGAUCGAAGUUUGACCUUCAAGGAGCUUGAGGAGUACAUUAAUCAAAUUGCAAAUUAUUUUCGCUCACUUGGUCUCAAAAAAGGUGAUUGCAUUGCUCUAUUUCUGGAGAAUUCUGCCGAGUCUUUUGCAGUGUAUCUUGGCUUGGAGAAGAUUGGAGUUAUCUCAGCACUGCUCAAUAAUAACCUGCGUGGAGCAUCACUCACACACUGUGUCAAUGUGGUCGAAGCCGUUGGUGUCAUAUUUACUGCAUCGCUGUCGCAAGCUGUUGAAGAAGUACUUGAUGAAGUGGACCCUAAAGUGAAGACGAUGUGUUACAGUGUCUGUGGCGAGAGUUGUUUCAGUGAGUGCAAGAACCUGGCGAGUGUUUUGGAGGGUGUAUCUAAAGACCCACCACCAUUGAGGAAGGACAAGAGUGGUAAAGAUACGGCGGCGUACAUAUACACGUCUGGUACUACUGGUCUACCCAAGGCAUGCAAAGUACCAGACAAUAGGCUUUAUCCAUCUUCAAUAUACUUCAUAUAUGCUGCCAAGGUGACCCAGAGGGACGUCAUGUACUCCAUCCUGCCACUCUAUCAUUCCCACGGCCUCUUCCACUGUGGCGGAGUCAUGAUGAGCGCUGGCUGUACUCUCGUCAUUAGGAGGAAAUUUUCUGCCAAAAACUUUUGGACUGACUGUGCCAAAUACAACUGCACAAUGGUGUGUAGUAUUGGCGAGCUGUGUCGCUACCUCGUUGCCCAGCCACCAAAGCCGACAGAUGAACAACACAAAGUUCGAGUCAACUUCUCAGUCGGUCUAAGAAAGGAGAUUUGGAUCGAGUUUCAGCGUCGUUUUAAAGUGCCUCUUAUUCUUGAGUUGUAUGCGUCCACUGAAGGAAAUAUAGCGUUAGUUAACGUGGGAGGUAAACCAGGAUCCGUGGGCUGCAUUUCUCCAAUUACUCCCUCCAGUUUAAAUCCUCACUUUCUCAAACUUCACAAAGAUACAAUGGAUUAUAUCCGUGACGAUAAAGGUUUCUGCGUGGAUUGCGAUUUCAAUGAACCAGGGGAAUUGGUUUGUGAAAUAACAAAGACGGCUCCGUUCCCAGGCUAUCGAAGUGAUGACAACUCUCAGAAAAAAAUACUCACAGAUGUAUUUAAGAAAGGCGACUUAUUCUACAAGACUGGCGACAUUUUGAAGAUCGAUGAAUACGGAUGGGUGUACUUUUGCGAUCGUUUUGGAGAUACUUUUCGCUGGAAGGGUGAGAAUGUAUCUACGGCGGAAGUGGAGUGUCACAUUGGUACUGUGCUGGAGAUGACCGAUGUUGUCGUGUAUGGUGUCGAAAUCCCUGGGGUUGAAGGCAGAGCUGGAAUGGCUGCCAUUGCUGGGACCACUGAUACAAUCGAUCUCUCUACGCUACCCUCACUGUUGCGUCGUUCUCUCCCUGCCUAUGCUGUUCCUCUCUUUGUGAGGCUCAUCAAAUGUGCAGAUGUUACGGGGACGUUUAAACUCCAGAAGGUCAAGCUGAGGAACGAGGGAUUCGAUGCUAGUCGAGUGUCUGACCCACUCUUCCUGUUGCGAGGGCAGUCGUACGUGCCACUGACUGAAGAGUUGCAUCAAGAACUGAGUGCAGGGAACUAUAAAGUUUAACAAACAACUACUGUAAAUACAGAUCUAUGAUCUAGGUAGAAGUUUAUGCAUGUAGAGUAAAGAGGAUUUGUAUUUUUUUGUGUACAUAAAAAAAAAUUAUUUGUAGUGCAAUUUUGGAA